AUGGAGAAUAAUACUCAUGAAGAAAAUAAUUUUAUUACCAUUCAAUUAUUGAAAAGUAUUACUCAGGAGACAUAUCGUGUUGCUUUAACGAUCAUUUUCAUAUUAGGUAUUAUUGGACAUUUGUUAAAUGUACGACUAUUUACUCGAUCAACAAUGAUAAAAAAUUCAUGUUGUAAUUAUUUUCUCGCAUCAUCUUGCAUAGAUCUCAUUCGUCUUUUCUUUAGCGUAUUCGUACGAAUGCUCGAUCUCGGUUAUAACAUUAAUACAAGAGAAUUUACUAUCGAUUGGUGGUGUAAAAUUCGCCUUUCAAUCACUUGUACAACCUAUUUGAUUUCAUCUGUACUGAACACAUUAGCUUCAUUUGAUCGAUAUGCAUCAAGUUGUCGACAAAGUCGAUAUCGAAAUUUUUGUCAAACGAUGGUAGCUCGUCGAAUCAUUCCUAUUGUAAUUGUUCUCGUAUGUAUUAGUAAUUCUCAUAUGUCAUUCAAUUUGGUCAUUGUUAAUGGAAAAUGUUGGACAAGACCUGGAUGGUAUCAAAUAAUCUAUGAUAUAUUUUUUAUGGUUAUGUACAAUCUUUGUUAUCCACUUUUAAGUGGUAUAUUUGCUUUAUUAACUAUCAGAAAUAUGCGACGUUGUCAUAUAGCACAUGCAUAUAAAGUUAAAAUAAAAGAUUUUCAACGGAUGAUCUUAACUCAUUUAAUAUGUUUUAUUCUUCUUACUAUGCCAUUUACUAUUCACAAAUUGUACAAUGGUGUGACAAUCUAUUAUCCAAAAGACUUACUACAACAUGAAUGGGAAAAUUUGAGUCAGUGUAUCGUUUCGAUUUUAUGUUUUGCUAAUGAUGCAAGUGGAUUUUAUAUUUAUUCGCUUUCAUCAAGAAAAUUUCGUAGAGAAUUUCUUGCAUCAAUUUCUAUAUGUAAACCUCAUUGGUCGAAAGAAAAAUUUAGAUAUUUACCACGAUUUAUAGUUUUCAACUAA